AGAUGCCAUGGACGGCAGUGGAGAGAUGGAAGAUGAGAGCAAGCAGCUGCUGGUGCCUGAGCCGCUCGUGGCCCCCCGUAGUUCCAGCCGCAGCGUGGAGGUGAACUCAGCCGGGGAGGCGACAACCGCAGUCCCCACACGCUGCUCAGCUUGGAACUGGGUGCUGGUCUUGGUGGCCGUUCUUGCGCUCUGCGCCACGGCUUUGGCCUUCGAUCCUCGUGCGGCAGGCUUGAGGUCGCAGGCGAAGUCCAAGUUGGAUGUGGUGCUGGGCAGGUCUGGCUUCUCACUCGUGGAGAGAAACAGCUCCAAGCAGUUUCUCGAGGUGAAGGCUGCGAAUCCAAACCAGCCGAAGGAGCUCUUCUGCUGGGCGUUGAUCCAAGCUGGAUCCGGGGAGGAGGCUUUGAUGAUUAUGCACCGCAAGCAGAGCGUCAAUAUCUUCGGGUGUGAUGCCUGGCUGCUCCUGAGCGACUUCCCGGUCAGCUUUCAGGAUGUGAAGUCUGUGCCGGUUGGCGCCUUUAACUCCAAGCGCUCGCCUUGGAACUCCUGGUACAACGUGCCAGUCUUCCUGAGGGCCUGGGCGCAGGUGGUGCAAGACCCGCGGUUCCAGCAGUUUGACUGGACGGUGAAGCUGGAUAUGGACACUUUUGUGUGCCACAAGCGGCUGCGGGCGCACCUAAGAGCUUCACAGGUGAAUCCCAGCGAGCCCCACUUUUGGUUGAACUACGAUGCGGCGAAGAACCCCGGGCCCCUGGACUUCCUGGGUCCCAUCGAGAUCUUCUCCAGGGGGGCGGUGCAACGCUUCAAGGAGCGCCACCUGCAGGUUUGUCCGCGACCGCAUCCUCAAUCUCAAGGGGAGGAUGGCUUCAUGAAGGACUGCAUGCUCCGCCUGGGCGCCAUCCCGCGGAAGGACUACCAGCUUUUGCUGAACGCCUGUGACUGGUGCCAGCCCUUGCAGCCUGGUCAGUGCUCCAAUGGCUGGUUCGUCGCCUUCCAUCCUUUUAAGGACGUAGAGCACUAUCAGCAGUGUAUGGGUGCAGCGGGCAGCUGCUGAGAGUUGGUGGGCGGAAAAAGGCAUUGUGGGAAAGCACGAGAUGCUUACCUGUUGGAUUAGUC